CACGUGGACGGGGAUGGUGGGGGAGCUGUGGCGGGGUGAGGCGGACUUCUCCCUCCGUCUAUUCUGGUCGGCGGCGAGAAAGGAGGCCAUAGACUUCACCCGCGCCUACAUCUUCGAGCCCUUUGUCAUGAUCACCCGCAAGCCUGGGCCCCUCCCCCAGCACCUGGCCCCCAUCAAGCCCUUCACAGGCGAUAUCUGGAUAGCCCUGGUUGUGACCACGACGCUAGCUGGUGCCAUACUGUGGGGGGCGCAGAGGGCGUGGUCACGGUUCUCUGGGGGACGCGGCUUGGAUGCAGUCUCUGCCUUCCUAUACAUCUUGGGCAUGCUAUUGGCGGAGCCCACCGACGCCCUGCCCACUAACAUCACUGCCCAGAUGCUGGUGGGGUCGUGGUGGGUGUUCUGCGUGGUGGUGGUGGCCAUGUACCGCGGGUCCCUCAUCGCCCACCUCACCGCGCCCGUCAACCCGUCGCCCAUCGACACCCUGGACCAGCUGCUGGAGGUUGAGGGCGCCACCUGGGGCCUGGAGGGUGGGCACGGGGUCGGCUGGGACUGGUUCAAGUACAACACCAACCCGAAGGUGCAGCACAUGUUCACCACCAUGCAGGUGACGCCGCGGGAGGAGCAGCUGGCGCGGGUGUUGGGUGGUCAGCACGCCUUCUUCACUUGGAAGUACUACAUCAAGAUGGUGGUCGCCCUCCACCACACUGACAUCUACGGCCACACACCCCUCCACAUCAGCAAGCAGGAGUUUAUCUCAGGCCAGAGUGGCUGGGGCGUCAGGAUCAUCGGACGCCUGGUGGAGACGGGCCUCAUCGAUCACUGGUUGGAGGAGCUCUUCGGAGGCUUCCUGGCCAGGAUACGAAGGCCCGACGGACUAAAGGAGGCGGCGACGAAGACCUGCACCCUCUGCACAAGGAACUACGAUGUACCCUGCUCCCAUUAUCAAGAUACCCAACGCCCGAACGUCCAUUCGACACAGUACCGUCGACUUAUUGCAACUGUAAAGAAAGCAUCAAGGCUCUAG